AUGUCGCUCGGGGCACGCUUUUCAUCGGGCCUCUUCAAUGGCAUCUUCCGGAGAAAUGCUGUCUUCCUAACGAGUGUCUUCGCUGGCGCAUUCGCGUUCGAGCUGGCAUUCGAGGCCGGAACAAACACACUAUGGGACAGCUGGAACAAAGGGCGACAAUGGAAAGACAUCAAGCAUAAAUAUAUUACCGCAGACGAGGACGACGAUGAGUAA